AUGGAUGAUGAACGGAUUAGGAAGCUUUUGGAGGAUUAUUCUUCGGAUGAAAGCUGUCCAUCAGGGUCGGACAUUGACGAAGAGGAGUUGAUCAGCCAGCGUAGUGACGAAAGCGACACAGAAGAGGAAUUCAGUAACCUAUUAGAGCCAGAGACCACAUCUAGUCCAGCAACAGUCACGUGUCCUGAGGAAGACAACAAUAGCUCGAUUGAUCGACCUUAUGCAAGGUAUGUUUAUGGCAAAGAUCAUACCAAAUGGAAUAAAGAUUGUUAUCGAACUAACGUGAGAACUCGAUCCGAAAAUAUUAUUUCUGUCAUUCCUGGUGUCAAAGGCCCAGCUCGUAAUGUUCGUUCUGAAUAUGACUGCUGGAAAUUAUUUGUUUGUGAUGAAAUUAUCAAAGAAAUACUUGUCAACACUAAUUGUCACAUACGAAACAAACAAAAACCAGCUCCAACUAAAACGCAGACUUCAUAUAUGAAAGAAUUAUGUAAAGAUGAGUUGUUGGCUUUCAUUGGGCUUUUAUAUCUAGCCGGACUGAAUAAAGCGAACAGACAAAACCUUAAUGACUUAUGGCGUACUGAUGGCACAGGUAUAGAUAUUUUCCGGAAUACUAUGUCUUUACAAAGAUUUUAUUUCAUUAUGAAUUGCAUUCGAUUUGAUGACAGCAGUACUAGACUAGAAAGAAAGCAAACUGAUAGAUUAGCCCCUAUUCGAAGUUUGCAUGAUAAAUUUGUACUACACUGUCAAGAAAACUAUGAUCCGUCUGAAUAUCUCACAAUCGAUGAAAAAUUAGACUCUUUCAGAGGCAGAUGCGUUUUUGUGCAGUAUAUGCCUAAUAAACCGGCAAAAUAUGGCCUCAAAAGUUACCUAUUAGUAGAUGCAAAAAGCUUUUAUAUAGUGAAUUUGGAGCUUUACGCUGGCACUCAACCCCCAGGACCAUAUAAUAAAAGUAAUAAGCCGUUCGACGUUGUGGAUAAAUUAGUACAACCAAUAUCGCAGUCAAGCCGCAAUAUUACUUUCGACAACUGGUUUACCAGUUACCCUCUAACCCAGCAUUUAUUGAGCCACCAUAAACUAACGUCUGUGGGUACUAUUAGAAAAAACAAAAGAGAGAUUCCCGCCUCGAUAUCAAACGCGAGAGGUCGUGACAUACAUAGUUCAGAAUUUAUUUUUCAAAAAGAUACUACAUUAGUCUCUUACGUGCCCAAGAAGAAUAAGGUUGUGUUGGUCAUUUCAACUAUGCACCAUGAUAAUAGCAUUGACGUUAUGACAGGCGAUAAGAGAAAGCCUGAGAUGAUCACUUUUUAUAACAGGACCAAGGGAGGGGUUGACGUCGUUGAUGAGUUAUGUGCCAACUACGAUGUAUCGCGAAACAGCAAACGCUGGCCUCUCACCUUUUUCUAUUCUUUACUGAAUAUGGCAGGUAUAAAUAGUUACAUAAUAAGAAAAGAAAAUUGCUCACUACCGAAUCUUAAACGACGAGAGUUUCUUCGGGUUUUGGGCUUGAAAUUGGUCGAAAAUCAUUUACGCACACGAAAAGAUACUAUAGGUCUGCAUACAAGUCUACGUAAGCGAAUAAAUGAUUCUUUGGGUGAACCAUCCCCUGCUCCGCCACCUAAAAUAGCAGGUAUUGCUCGAAGAUGUCAAGAUUGUGCCUAUAAAAAAGAUAGGAAGACCAAACAUACUUGCUGCAAGUGCAAUAAGUUCAUUUGUAUGGAACAUGCUGAGACAAUUUGUAAAAAUUGUGCAGCAUAUUCACAAGACACAAACUAA